GAGCUGAAUGAAAAGCAGCUCCACGCCUGACGGAGGAAAGCCCACUCCCACCAGGAGAGCCUAUAAAAGCGGGAUGCCACUGAAGCAUCCAGCUCUUUGUUUAUGUUUCGGUGAAGCUGCUCCUGCAGGACAGCCGGAGCGCAGAGAUGAGAGGACCCCCCCUCAGACAUGUCUGCCGCUGCGGCUUGCUCACCUACCUGCUGCUCUUCUCCUUCAUGUCUUGGAGCGCUGCGGUCAGUUUCGACCUGACUGAGCUCAGGAAUAAAGUUGCCAAAAUCAAAGUGAACCCGAGAGGCAACCUUUGGGCAACAGGACAUUUCAUGGGGAAGAAAAGCGUGAUGGACGCCCCCCUGCUGCCCUCAGCUGAGGAUCAGGCAGGGGACUCGGUGGAAGUCAGCCUCCCCGCCGAGCAGAGCUCCCUCUGGGAGCUUUUUCAACACUUUCUGCGCGUCGUGGCCAUGCAGGCGCAGGUGGACGCGCACGAGAGCCGCUCCAAAAAGCAGGAAGCGGACGUGUUGACAAAGAUUUUAGAAAACUACAUCCAGAGCAGAAAGUGAUGCUGACGUUGAAACAUCUGGAACGCAUGAACACAUGAUUUUGUUUCCCCUCCUCCUCAGAAACAACCUUUGCUCGUCAUGAUUCUUAUUUAUAGUAAUUUCAUGUUUACAAUCUGCUGCAUCCCCACAUUCCCCAGUUUAUAUUUGGUGUUGUCAUUUAUUUUUGUUUAGUUAUUUAUUAAUAAAAUGAAUAUUUGCAAUG